UCUCAUCAUGGUUCCCAUGUAACUGUGGGAUAUAAAGGUACCUGUAACUAGUCAUGGAUAGAACCCAGAGCAUCUAGGAGUACAUUAGUCAGGCAGCACUUAAAGACAAGCUGCUGAGAGAAUGCUUGAAGCAGCAGAAGAUGUGGAAGAAAGGUCAAGCAGAGGAAACGCCAUAGCAAGAUAAGUCCCUACCUGGGAUGUACCAUGGAUAGUUAGCUGAGGUGGCAGACAUUGGGAAAUCCUACCAGUGGCUGGAAAUGGCUGGACUAAAAUACAGCACUGGGGCACUGAUUAUAACAGCCCAAGAACAUGCAUUAAGCACCAGAUCCACAGAAGUGGGUCUACCACACUAGGCAGGACACAAGGUGCAGACUAUACAGAGAGGCCUCAAAGACAGUCCAACAUAGGUGGCAGGGUAUAAGAUGCAAGUAAGACCAGCAUACAACAAAGUACUGGCAUUGUGUACAAUAUCUAUACAGAAUGUUGGCUGGAUCCUCCUAAGCCUAGAUGAGAGAUCCCACAGAAUGUUGUGGAAAAUAAUAGGGCUAAAAUGCUGUGGGACUUCUAGAUCCAGGCAGACAUACUGGCCAAUCAAUCAGAUGUCAUAAUAGACAAAGAUCAGAAGAUGAUAGAUCUAGCAAUGCCAAGUGACAGCAACAUCAGGAAGAAGUAUGAGCAACUGGAAAAGUACCAGGGCCUGAAAGAGGAAUCAGAGAAGAUGUAGAAAGUAAAGGCGAAAGUGGUCUCAGUAAUGGUAGGAACACUCAAGGCUGUGACCCCUAAACUGAGAGAAUGGCUCAAAUCAAUCUCAGGAAUGCUGUCAGAGCUCUCUAUAAUUUUAUUCACAUUCCACUAUGAUGCAUAGUGUCCAAUCUUUCCUUCUUUGUGCAUAUAGUAAUCUCACCACAGUAAUCAUAUACUGAAAUAAUGUUCUGUGGCUUUUUUGUGUUUAUCUAUCAAUCUUAAAAGGAAAGUUUCUGGUUUGAAUAUUUAGACAUCAAGGAUAUCUCAUUAUAUUAAAAAAUCUCUUUAAAAUCAGAAUGAAAAGUUCAGCCAAUUUAACCAUGUAUUGAUUCAUCUGUAUAUUAUAAUCCAAAUUCUUAGCCCACUUUAUGAAGAUUUCCCCAAUAUUUCCUAACCUGGCAUAUAUAUCCUUAGAGUUCCCUCUCUUUCAUAGUACCAAGGUGAAAAUGUAUUCAGAGCAAUGACAGGAGCCAUCACACAUUGUGUCAACUGCUUUGUACUACAUUCAAAUUUCACAAGAUGCCCAAUGCUGUACAGCUUAGCUUAUCAAAAUUUUGAUGGUCUGUAACAAAGCAUCUGCAUGUGUCUGGAGAAGAGAUGCAUAAGAGGAGCCUGUCAUGUGUACACUGUCGUCGUUAUGACAUCACUGGAUUGUGUGGGGUUGAAAUGUUUGGUUCCACCUUUCCUCCACUUGGGCUUUAAAGGGUCUUUUCAGUAGAAAGGGCACCAAUUUGGCUUUCAGCGCCCCAACUCCCACCCCUUAAAACCUGAAAAAGUCUUCGAAGACUAGCACAACCCUCUUCUAGAAACGAUAAACCCUUUGAGUUAGUGGGAAUUGUGACGUUCAGAAACAAGGAAAUCAAACACACGUCUGAAGGGGAACAAGUUGGCAAGCCUGAUAAGCCUUUCUAUUCCACCACCGUCUGCCGCAAGUUCUUUUGACUCCCCUUUACAUGUACGUUAGUCUUCGAUCUUCGUCUUCUUGCUUCCCCUCUCAGUCUAAUUGUAAUGGCGAAAAACUCCAAGUUGAGGAUGGCCGUGGCUAAGCCACAACGAAAAACUAGUUGGAAGUUCCUGCCUCUCGGACAUUCCUCCGCUCCACGGAAAAUCUUCGCGGCGGCCACGGUAUAUGUGCACAGAAGUAGACAGGCAAGAAACGGCAGAAGGGGAAGACGCGACAGCUGCGACGGCCGCGCUCCGACUUGCUUUUCCCCUCGGGCAGCUUCCGCACGCACGCCCCACUCCGGUCUCAAACCGGUUGCAGGAAAGCAGGAUGAAAACCCCGAAUGGGGGUUGGCGCCACACUUCAGAGGAAGAUUGGCUGCAAGACACCCUCCUGUUUAGCCUCGCCCUUGUGGCAUUCCGGGGAAAGCUUCCUUCGGGGAUGCCGUUCUUCUCUCACGAGGAAGACACGAAGCUGCUGGGGGAAUGCCUCUGGCUCCGCGGUGUUCAAGCGCCGGGGACGCUAAGCUUUCCCUCCACGCGAGUGGUUCCUUGGCUUGCUCAGGAGGACAAGGCUCCGGCGCCCCCCACUUCCGACGCGGCAGACGGUGGGAGUAGGCUCUGUCGGGAGGAACGCGAGUUCUUCUUGGCAGCCGAGGGGCAAAGCCAGUGGCUGCAGCCACCCCAAGAGACCCUGGAGGCAGGAGUCGCCUCACCUGACCCUGGAGAGAAAAAGCGAGAUUUCAAUCCGAAGGUUUUAGAUUUAAAAGGAAGGCAGGAAUAUUUGGAAUACUGCUAUUUGUUACCAAAAGAAAAUGAGCACUUAGAAACUCAAGAGGACGAAAAACAAGAACGUGAUAAGAGUGAACAAGCUGAUUGGAAGGAAAGGCAGAAUCUCACUUCUAUCUCCUUGGAACAAGCAAGCAGCAGAGAUGUGAAUUUGACAAACUUUCAUCAGAGCCCUAUAGAUUUAGCCCAAGCUAUUAGCCAUGAUGUGAGCCUUCACGAUGCCACAGUGAUGGGAUCAGACUAUGCUAAUGUAACAGAUAUGGAGAAUUUACCCGGCUUAAAUAUAUCUCCAACAAACGAGACCAUGUUAGAAUUAUUUGCAAAUGAUCAUUGCUGCACAAGUCUUACACACCAAGAUUUCUUUUUCAGCCUGAAUGAAAAUGGAUAUGAGAAAAUACAUUUCACACCAUUAACCACAGAAGGAAACUUUGACUUUGCAGAAACUUGUCUUUUUGAAGAACGAGAUUCAGAUUCUGGACUUUCUUUAGACUUAAAUUACAGUAAUGCAUCCUUUGUAUUUUCUUGUAACAAGGAUGCCAGCUUUGGCACAUCAGAUGACUCAAAAGCUGUAGGAGAUAGUUGCCUACAAUGUUGUCAUACAGAAUAUCAAAGCAAUUAUGACCAUGGGACAAAAUCACUAGUAGGUAUAUUCCAUGAUCAUACAUACAAUCAGGAUUUACAACAGCUGACAUUCCCAGAAUCAGAGGAUUAUUUCAGAUUGCCAGAAGAAUCCAAAAGAACUGAAAAUGAAAGCGAUACAAAUCUAAAUGAUGAAUACCGGGCAAAAGCUCUGAGAAUUCCAUUCUCUGUUAAGGAUAUAGUGACCUUGCCUGUAGAAUCUUUUAAUAGCAUGUUGUCAAACUACUAUCUAACAGAUAACCAACUGUCACUCAUUCGUGAUAUAAGACGAAGAGGAAAAAAUAAAGUUGCUGCUCAAAACUGCCGUAAACGUAAGUUAGAUGCAAUUAUGAACCUGAAAGAUGAAGUAUAUCAUCUUCAGAUGCAGAUGGGAAGACUUCAGAAACAGAAGGCACAAUAUAAAAGGUCAAUUCGCAAUAUAAAACAAAAACUGAAUGAUCUUUGCUGGAAUUUUUUCAGUAAAUUAAGAGAUAAUCAAGGAACAAUUAAUACAAGCCAAUGUGCCUUUCAGUGUUGUGGAAAUGGUACUACAUUAAUUUUACCUAAAAAAGAAAUCGACCAGGAGCCUCCAAACUAAAACAAUAAGACCAAAAUUUUAAAUAUUUUAAUGUUUAAGGAUUGCAUUUGCAAGAAGCCAGAAGAAAACAAAUGUGAAUUGUAUCCCUUGUCUAAUUUUACUGUUUUAAAGAAUUUCAACCUAAGUAAUAUUUUUGUUAUUUGUUCUGCAUAAUUUAUUCAGCUUGUGCAUGGAUUCUUAUAUUAAUGUGCUAACUAUAUGACCACAGAAAAUCCUGUCAUCUGCAAUUUCACUAGUUCUUAAAAGUAGAAAGCAUCACUGCUUUUCACGGACAUUGGGACAACGAAUGUUCCAACCCUGUUCCUCUGCAAAAUAAGACACCGUCUGAUAAUUAGCCCAAUCAGGCUUUUGAGUGCAUGGCAAUAAGGCCAAGCUUUUAUUUCAGGGUUCAAAAAUAUAUAAGACAGGGUCUUAUUUUGGAGAAAACACGGUAAGAGUAACCAUGCAGGCCUUCACUAGCCAUUGGCAGGUAGGACUGAGGUAUAUGAGCUAGCCUUCCACUCUUUUUGACAUUUGCUUUACUUUCCAUGCUCCACUUAAGGCUCACUUUUGCAGGAGUUCGUUGUAGACAACUUUUGAAAUUGAUGGUGUAUUAUUCAUUCCCAGGGUGUAGAUAGUCCUCAAUUUACAAUUUGUAGUUACAGCAGCACUAUGACCAAUCCUCACAUAAUAAUAUCCCAUGGUUGUUAUCAAAAUUUGGUCACUUAACAACUGGCAUGUAUUUAUGGCAUGAUCCAUGAUCAUGUGAUUGCCAUUUGCAACCUUCCAUGCUACCACUUUACUAUGCAGCAACAUAAUGCCCCCCCAGCAAUCAUGAUGCUUAACACACAAAUAGUCCUCGUGUUAUGCUUUUUGAUUGCAUCACUGACAUAAUUUCCAAUCCCAAUUGCUGCUGUAGCCCAAAUACAUGUGCUACUUAUUUGGAAAUGUUAUCAUCACAAAGUGCACACCCUACAAGUAUCUCAUAUUUCCAAACAUUAGCAACACUGUAUUUUACAUUGAGAAAGUUCCUGAGGUGUUAGCAUUACAAUUCUAUCCAUAUGUUCCAUGAGCACUGACUUGUACGCACUGAAAUGCAAGAGCUUGUAUUUAUACACUGAAUAAGCUACAAGAAAUAGCACAGAAUUACUUUUUUCAGAAAAUUGAGCUUCUGUAUUUAUACAAAUUUAUAGCUGUCAUUACUUUUUUGGAGGGGAGGUUUCUUCUUAAUUCCAUUGUAAUUCUGUUUAAUACUGUUAAAUGCAUAACUCAAUGAACCAAUAUGCAUUUACCUAGGCCAGUGAUGGCGAACCUUUUCGGCAGAGUGCCCAAACAGGAACAUGCGCUUGUGUGUGCACGCCAGCUACCUGGUCUUCUGGUUUCCAGUGCACCAGCUGGUCUCAAACGCAUGCAUGCCUGUCGGCUAGGUGGUCUUUGGGUUUCCAGGGCUUCAGCGUGUGUGAAGUCCAGCGGGCACACCGGAAACCAGAAAACCAGGUGGUGAUGGCAUGGGUGCCCAGAGGCCUCUGCCUGCCACCUCUGGCACAUGUGCCAUAGAUUCACCAUCACGGACCUAGGCUGUACUGGUUUAGCUAUUUUACAUAAAUCUACCUCUGGUUUAUUGAUUUUCUACAUAAAUCCAAUGCUGGUUGUUAAGCAAAUCAUGUGAAUGUGCCCAAUUUUAAAACAUUUGCGGCAGUUGCUAAGCAUCUAAUCUUAAAUCAAUAACUAUCUGUACCAGCCUUGUACUUAAUGCAGCCAUUUAUUUCAAUGUUUUUCAUAAAAUAUGCCUAAGAGGAAUUUAGGCUCAUAACGGGCAUAUGAGAUUAUUCUAUCAUUACCUUCGAAGACCAAAUUAACUAUAUUCCACUGAUUUUACUUUCCUAUUCAUAAGAAUCCCAUACUUCAAAAUGUACUGAAAAAAUUGGCAACAUUAUCUACAAAGCUAACUGCUUUAAAUUUUAACUUUAGCAGUAGACAUAAUUAUCGGCUAAAUAUACUCUUAGUAAUACUGGUAUUUCCAUGCAUUACACCUGAUGUUUUUGCCGUUGCUAUUGUAUUAUGUACUCAAAUGCAAGGGUACAUACAAAUAAAAUUACCAGCCAUUUUGCCCAACUCAUUUUUGUAACUAGAUUCUUAGAGUUUCUUACCAAUUUUCACUGGACAGUUACUUUUUCAGAAUAUUGCUUUCCCUAGCAGUAUAGGCAAUGUUUUUCUUUGAUGCUAAAAAAGUAACAUCUGCCUUAAGAUGCUAAGGGACAAUGUCCAAUUCUGUAGGAUGCUGUAGAAUUUCCCAGUUAUAUUUGACUUUCAUAGAAUUAAGUCUGCAGCUGAUUCUUCAUUCUGCUGUUUAGGUUAUAUUAUGCUGCAGUCACUGGGCAUAAAGGAAGAUAAAUGGAUAGAUAUGAUCCUGAAAACUAGGAUAGUAUUAUUUCCUCUCUUCUUAGUGCCAUUUUGCCCUAUUUUU